AUGAAGUGGCAUGAUAAGCAUAUUAUGAGGCGAGAAUUUCAUGAAGGAGAACUAGUAUUGUUAUUCAAUUCUCGAUUGAAAUUGUUUCCUGGAAAACUUCGAUCAAGGUGGUCAGGCCCAUUUCAGGUUCGAAAGGUUUUUCCAUAUGGUUCAGUUGAAGUUUGGAGUGAAGCCACUGGUUCCUUUAAGGUAAAUGGGCAACGUCUCAAGCAUUAUCGAGAAGGCGAACCCAUUGAAGCAAAAGCGAAACAAACAAUUCCAAAUAAAUACUCUCCUCUCUCUUCCCCCCUAAAUUGCCCAGUCCCCUCAUCUUCUUCGCCUGAAUUCCCUCAAAACAUUUCCCACUCUCCCAAAUUAUUUCUCCCUUUUUUUAAUUCCUCCCUCUCAAAUUCCAAUGCCCUAAUAAAAAAAAAAAAAAACCCAAAAAAUGUUAGUUUAAAUUCUUCAAAAUCAACAAUUAUUCCAAUGGCAGCAACAACUACUGCCACCACCACAACCACCGCAGCAAACACCAAGCCAAAACGCCGUCGUUUCCGUGAAAUUACCAUAUCGUCCUCAGCAUCCCCUGAACUCGCUCGCUACUCACUGAGUCCAACUCUCUCUCCUUCAAUGGCGGACUACGAUUCACAACAACCCAUUUCAUCAUACCCAGCAAAUUUCAGCAAGUUCAACUCUGCUCUAACAGCGGGCCUCCUAAACCCGAUGUCCCCACCUCCUCAAACCCGAUCAAGCCCGACCCUCUUCGAAAUGAUGGCCAGUGAGCCCGACAUUCAGCCCACUACCAGAUCCACCACCAGUACACCCCAAAACGGUGUCGUUAACGUUAAGUCUCCUCCGCCGCCAUUGUUGGAUAAACAGGGGUUGCUGCAACUUCGGAUUAAUGAUAUUUUGGCGAAUAAGAGUCCAGGAAAUCAGUUUAAUGACCCGGGUUCGAGUGAUAUUAAGCUAACUUUGAGUUCGAAAGAUGGGUUUUCUGUUGAGUUGUGUGUUCAUCGUCAGAUUCUUGUGGGGAAUAGUAGGUUUUUUGCUGGGAAAUUUGCUGCUAAGAUUCAUAGGAAUGGUAAUGGUGGAGGUGAUACGACGCCGUUUGCUGUUGAAAUCGCUGAUUGUGAUGAUGUUGAGGUUUAUAUUGAGACUUUGAGAUUGAUGUAUUGUAAAGAUUUGAGGAGGAAGCUUAUGCGUGAAGAUGUUCCCAGAGUUCUUGGCAUUUUGAAGGUUUCGGCUGCGAUUGGGUUUGAUGCAGGGGUAUUAUCUUGUUUAGAGUACUUGGAAGCUGCGCCAUGGGCAGAGGAUGAAGAAGAGAAGGUGGCCUCACUACUGUCUGAGCUACAUCUCGAAGGCAUAGGUGCUAGUGAAGUUCUUAAGAGAGUUUCCCUUGAUGCAAAUGCUCAUGUGGAAGAGAACAUUAUUGAGAAUGAGGAAGUACUUUUGAAGCUCUUAAAUGUAGUCCUCGAAGGGAAAGAUGAGAAAGCAAGGCGAGAGAUGAAGGGAUUAGUCUCCAAAAUGCUCCGUGAGAAUGCAAAUCAUAAUGAACUGCGAAAAGAGUCUUUGUAUUCUGCUUGUGAUGGGUGUUUACAGCGACUCCGUCACCAUUUCUUACUAGCUGCAGCGUCAAACUUGCAGGAUGUAAGUCAGAUUGCAAGGCAGGCAGAUAACUUGCACUGGAUUUUGGAUAUCCUAAUUGAUAGGCAGAUUGCUAAGGACUUCCUGACUACAUGGGCUUCACAAACAGAAAUGUCAAAAGCACAUUCUAAGGUUCCUCCGGUUCACAGAUUUGAGAUAAGCAGGGUCACAGCCAGGCUUUUUGUGGGCGUUGGAAAGGGACAACUAUUGGCAUCAAAGGAUGUGAGGUGCCAGCUAUUACAAACAUGGUUGGUGCCCUUCUAUGAUGAUUUCGGGUGGAUGAGAAGGGCUUCAAAGGGACUUGACCGGCAUUUGAUUGAAGAUGGCCUUAGCAACACCAUUCUUACUUUGCCUCUCUCAUGGCAACAAGAAAUCCUUCUUGCUUGGUUUGACAGGUUUUUAAACUCUGGAGAGGAUUGUCCUAACAUACAACGGGGAUUUGAAGUUUGGUGGAGAAGGGCAUUCUGGAAACGAAACACCCUUCAGCUGGACCAUCCUAAUGUUCGGAUUGCAAAUGGGAGUUCUGAUAAUAGAUAGAGAGUAAUGCAAAUGGGCAUUAUCCUAGUUUUCGUGGGAUAAUCAUUCAUCCAGCUGCAAUUUUGAAGAUCUUGGUUUUCCUAACUCAGUCCUUAUUACUUGCGAGAUCGAGUUUCAAUCCUGAAGAUCUCGUCGGAUAUUAUACCCAUUGACCUGACUUUUGUGCGGUAUUGAGUCUUUUUCUUUUGCCAGCUUCAUUGUUGAAAGUUUAUGCUAAUCAAAGAAAUCUUGUUAAUAGCCGGCCGUCAUACAUUAGAUGAGAUUAUGUUGUUGAAACUUGAAAGCAAUGGAUAAUCAUAUACGGCUAUACGCCGUGGUUGUUGACUGUGGACAAUGGCUAGUGUUAAGUGUCAUGAUUAGCACUAAUAAGACAAUGUCCCAUGCCGACUUGCUCAUUGAAGCUACCUUCAUCUCUAAUCCAUGUCUUUUUCAAGUACAGUCAGAGUUAUUAAUUUCUUUUGUCGCAAAGCUAUCAAAAAUAUCAUUCACUGCUGGAUGAUAUCAGUAGAUCACAUGGAUUUGGCUUUGUUUGGACCGUGAAAUCUGAGAUAUUUUUUACAUAUAAUGUCAUCUAUAAGUUUCUAUUUUAUGGCGUACCAAAGUGGUUUAUGAUAAUGUCUAAGACACUUUGUGGUGCACUUCAGUCCAUUAUUGCUUUUUCUCUAGGUAGUUGUUUGGCUGAAACAAAUAUAUACUCCUAGGAAUUUUUGAGUUACGAAAACACAAAAUGAAGUCGCUUGUAUUGAACCACCAAAGAAAAUCCAAUAUUUCUACUCCGUGUUUCCUU